GCAGCAUGAGAGCCAUACUCACACACGACGUAAACAUAACAAGAGUGUUUAAACGCAAUGGAGACCAAUGACCUGUGUCUCGUGUUUAAAAUAUGUUGUUUAAGAGUGCUGUAGUAUUGUAUUAUCAGUGUUUUUCACUCGAGUAUUAAUGGAAGUCUUUCAGGAGAUUCAGACCUUAAACCUGGUCUUUCAACACUGUUUGAAUUCGUAAACCUAGCCUUAGACGCAGGAACCUUUGUGGCAAAUUCAAUGCAACUGAUGGCUUCGGUAGCAGACUACAUGUGCGUUAUGCUUCGUAUACUUACUCGUACCACUACGUCUUCCACAUUUAUACUCCUAUUUUUGUUUGUUUGUGUUUUCUUAAUGAUCUCUGUCAUGGAUUCAGACAUUCCAUUCACUGGUAUCAAUUCUGUUGUCGAUACCUCGUCCAUGGUUUUACCAGACUACCAAAAUGUUAAAGCUUAUGUUGACACAACGUGGAAUGUUCAGAAGUUCAGUGACAUUUUCUCGCAGGCAACAUCAUGCAAACGCAAUAUCCUGUUGCUGGUGCUUGUGACAUCAGCUCCUGAGAACUUUGAAAUACGAGCUAGUAUACGCAAGACAUGGGCCUCUGUCUCGGACAAAGGCAGCACUUCAUCGCAAGUGGUUUUCCUGCUUGGAAAGACGUAUCAUCCAGCGACGCAGGUAUUACUUGAAGAUGAGGUUCAACGCCAUGAUGAUAUCCUUCAGGGUAAUUUUAUAGACUCCUACAGGAAUUUAACACUAAAAGUACAAAACGGAUUCUUGUGGGCCGCAAAGGUCUGCCAACCUCGGUUUAUUUUAAAAACUGAUGAUGAUUGUUUUGUAAAUAUUAAAUUAAUGACGCAUUACUUAUUGAACCAUAACACCAUAAAAAGCAAACUGUAUGCAGGAAAUCGCAUGAAAACUUUAGAUGUAAUUCGACGGAAUGAUAGUAAGUGGCGAGUAUCGAACAAUCUAUAUCCACGUCAUGAAUACCCACCAUACGCUAGUGGAACAGGGUACCUACUGUCUGGUGAUGUUCUUCAGAGGAUGGUAAAAGCUGCCAAACAUAUUAAGCCGUUUCCAGUUGAGGAUGCGUACACAGGUGUAAUUGCAGAAUAUCUAGGCAUACCGCUGAUAGACUCUGGCCGAUUCACGCUGUUCAAUGCCAAUUGGAACACAUGCAAUUAUCGUUACCUAUUCGUUAUUCAUCGCGUCUCACCUGAGCAACAGUUUGUUUGUCAAAACCACUCAAUAGAAAGUGAGGUGAAGUGUGCUGAUCAAAAAGAAAUCACAAGGUGGGAUUGAAAUUACCUGUAAGAUUCUAUUUAUUUUUGAAAAAGGUACAAUAGAUUUGAUGCAGAAUACAUGAAAAUACAUUAUAACCAUACAGAAUGUCAUUAUGAUAUAACAAAAUUUAACGGUACAUAUAUUGUAUAUUUUAAAGUGCCAUUUAUUUGAAAUCAUGAUACACAAAUUCCAUCAUUAUCAAGUUUAACAUGUUGACUGCCAGACUUUUUGAAAUUUUAUCUAGUCAUCAUUAAAGUGGUGUGUUUAAUAAAUUGGCUGAAAAAUAUUAGUGGACGAGUAAACUCUACGCUGGCAAUGGGACAGUAUUUUUUAUUGCCUCUGCAAAGUGCGAGUUUUCUCGUCUACUUUUUGCAUGAGUUGGUAUAAGUUCAGAGAGUGCCCCCACUCGUGCAAUCGAGUGUACUGCCUGCAACAUAUCACAACAAACAUAUAUACAUUAUUUUUACAUUGUCGUCUAGCUGUUAUGUCUGUGGUUCUACAUUGUAUAACAAUGAAGUAAUAAACGCUAGAAUGCUACCCCAAUUUUGACGAGUAUAGUCGUCCCAAGUGCCCUCAGCGGCAGCCUGUGGGAUGAGUAUACUCGUUGCUGGCAGCAAAUAUGUUAAAGAGCAUAAUGGAUUAAUCAGUAAUCAGAAUCUUCUUUAACUUUAAACCAUAAGGGUGGGGAUUGGCACUUUGUCCACAUUGCAUUUCUAUGCAGGACUAUAGUGGGUACCUGGUGCAGUAGGUUUGAAUGCACCCUGAUUACAAUCUACAACAUUAUAGAAUACUCCCACAGUGAGUUCAGUAUGUGUAUGAUUCCGUAGGCAUUACUUUAUUGUCUGCAAAAAAAUGUGAUGGGGCCUUAUCUGCUGUUACAAUGCACUAAUUAAGAACAGAUUUUGUACUAUUAUUAACAGUAUCUCUUGCUCUAUCUGAAAUGAAUAACCUUCUAAAAUCAAUAAAAUUUUUCAAUAUAAAUAUAUAAAUAUAUAUCAAGAUAUAAAUUGUGAUAUUUUUGAAAAUUUUCUGAUGGUUGUUUUGAGCAUAAUCUGUCAAAAUAGGAAAUUUUCAAUAUCUUGACCUACCUUAACCACAGAAACCACUGUUGAAGGUGGAAGUAGUUUUACUUAAGUAGAAAAUAAUUGCUUUAAUGUUCCAAUUUAACCUGAAUUAGGGCAUAAUUUACUAGCUACUGUUUUUAUUAGCUUUUUUAACAAUCACAUUAUUGUGUACAAAUAUAAAUAACUAGAUGUGUUAUAUGUUCAGUUUAAAUGCUUUCAAUUAUUACUUCAUUAUUUGUUAUUCCAUCCAACUGAAUUGUUGAUGUACUGAUAGUCUUUCAUUCUUCAUGUCUCUUCAUAUCUUAGUUAACAUAAACUUUCUCUAGUGAACAAAAUUAUAAAAUAGUCUGCAAAAGCACAUACAGUAGUACAACUCAUGGUCAUUUUACUGUGCAAGUUUACAGUAUUUUUCUAUGAAGUUGAUCCAUAACAUUUACCGUAAAUAGAGAAAAUUUACCAAAUUUUUUUAUUACAUUUUUUAACUAAACAGAAUUCAGUACACAUUUACAUAACAAUUUAAAUGUUUAUAUUAUAAUAACCUGAACUUGUACUUUACAACUGUAAGUACUUUCUUACAAAGUGACUUUGGAAUUAUGCAUCUUUUUUAACAGUACUUUCACAAUCUGUGCUUUUUUAUUUUAAAACUUAUCAUGUCAUGAAAGUAAGUUUGGAAAAAUAAAACAUAUGUAAAGGGUAAAAGUCUCCAGGGAAAUGUUGUGUAACGAAUGGCUUUUGUUUAACAACCUUGAACGUAGUAUGAACCUGCAUGAGUCUAACAUGAGCGUGCCGACUGGCUUGUCUAUAUAUCAUUCCCAUGUUAAACUUCUGCGUUCUCAAUCAGACAUGUUUGAUAGAAGUAUGUAGGCAGAGGCUUGGAUUUACAUUAACUUGGUAAUUGUUGGUGCAUUCAGAAUAAAUAUACAAAAAUAUAAAAGUACAUGAGAAAAUGUUUAUCAAAUCAAAUUUUAUAGUUUGGACAAGGUUUAGUCUUUCUGCAGUUGCUAUGACAUCAUUAUUGUCAGUAAUAGGUUAUGUUGUACACUUUAAUAAUACAGUAGAUACAGUACAUAGUUGAUUUUUAUUAUAUUAUGGAGAUAUUAUUAAAAUGUACUUUCAAGAACUUUGUGGUUAGUUUAUUCUGUAUUGCACCAAUAAAUAAAUUUAUAAAAUUAUACACAAUGCUGAAAUUGACUAAGUAACCAAUGCUUCACCACAACCAAAAUAUAGCUCCCAAUAAAUAUUUAGGUUUAAACCAUCAGAAUUCCCUGGUAACCAGCGUUGCUCAACUCUGCUUGAUCAUUUUCCCUUUACUUGCAUUUAUUUAUUGGUCAGUAAGAUUUAACAUGCAAUGACUGAACAUAACCUGACCAUAAUGUCAAAGGUUACAGCUGAUAACCUGUUAUUGAACUUAUUGUUGUAAUUCAGGCCCAUUAAACAACUACUGUAACAGUGGACUAGAUCUAACCAUCACCUUUGGGCAACUAAAUCAAUGAGUAGUACAGUUUUAAAAUUAAACCCUUUCAGGUUAUCAUAAAAGAAAACUAUAUCAGAAAAUAGUACCCUUAUUUAACUAUAACGCCUGUAGCGGACAUUGUGUUUAUUUUACUAGUUUGGUUUAUUUAUAAUUUGAUAAAUUGUCUACAUUUUGUUUUUAAAUUUGUCUUAAAAAGUCAAAGGUUGCACCAUGAUAAAGAGCAAUGUGCAAGCUUAUCUGUCUCUGGCUGUACUUAAAAUCUCCAGGGUAUGGUAAAAUAGAAAUAUAGAGGUCAAAGGUAAAAAUAAUUUUUUAGCAUGGAUCAAGCCUUACUGUACUGGCUUGUGCCAUUUACCGAUACAGUUUUGCUUCCUCCUUAGUAAGGAAAGCUACUUGGAAAAAAUAACUGUUAAUGCCCUUGAAUCUGGUGCAUGGAUGAAAGUUUCCUUGCACCAUAGGCUGUGAAAGUAUAGUUGGUCUAUCGCCUAGACAUUGUAAUACUGUACUGUAUUUAAUUUAUAUUUUUAUUAAAUGAUUUUAUAAAUUUCAUGACAGUAGUGGGAACACUGAAAAUAGGUUUAUCUUAAUAUUUUUAAUUCACAUUGUUGCCUCGAUCAAAAGUAAUUGUGCAUGAAGAUAAUUGUAAUACAGAAUGUUAAAACCUAUUUUAAAACUACUACUGGUAUUUGUUUAAUUAUUAUUUAUUAUUAUUAUUGUUUCUCAACAAAGUCAGCAUAGCAGAUAUUUGACAUGCAUGCUUUCCAGUAGUAAAAUCCCUAAUUCCCUGAAGCCAUUGCAUAUUAAAUCCAUAAUAAAUGGGAUUAGUACUAUUUUAAUACGCAAUUUAUUGUUCUGUAUACAUACAGUAGUCUUCAAUUAAUAAAAUAAUACUUGCAUGGAUUAUUGUAUUUCAAAUUGGCCCAUCCUUUUGAUGAUUUUUGUAACCAGGAUGAGCGAUCAAUUAGUAAGCAUUACUUCAUUGUGCCUAAGUGCUUUAUGAGCUGCAACAGCGUACAUUUAGCCAAGUCAUUAUAGUACAAAUUCAUAACAUUACAGUAUGGUGAAUGGUCUAAUGAGUUGACCACUCCUACAAUUGCUGAACUGUGAUUGGCCGAUUGUUUCUAAGUUAAUCAGAUAUGGUCAGAUAAGUUCCUUCUCUUACUUGUCUAAGAAACUUAGGUUUCAUCAUAGUAUCCAAGUUGUGUAGCCUUCUUGUACUCAAUUUGAACAUGACUCAAAAGUCAUGAAAAUUAAUUCUUAAGUGACUAAAUAUUUGAACAUAAAUUAGUAAAUGCAUUGUAUCAGUCUUAAACUUUUUUCAAUUUAAACCUUAAGGUAGUAGACUAGAUGAAAUUUUUCCAAGUAUUCUGCGAUCUUGAUUAUUAAUGUCCACCAUGCAUUAAGUUAUGUUACAAAAAAGGCGAGGAAAAAUAUGUUAACCAUAUUAUCAUUUGAAUAAUGUAUUUGCAAAUGAAAAAUAAUCAGGGGCCUUUAAAUUAAGUUUCAGCAUGCUGAUUGGUUAUGAUUCUCUUCUUUCACCUCCAAUUUCCAGCCCAUUAUGUUCUUCCUCUUACAUUAAUCUUCCAACCAUUUCUCCAUAAACCAUUUUCAACCAACAUCCCAAACAGUGUGUCCAAUCAAUUUCAUAUCACCAUGUGGUUUGGUGACUUAAAAUCCAUUACGUUUAGUACUAAAAUAAUUAACAUAUGGUAUCUUGCAGUACAAUAUGUAUCAAUAAUAUUUUAUCAAUGCAAUUUUGGAAAAAUUCAUAUUAGAAAAAAUAUUAACUCUGAACAGUGAAAAGUCGUAGGUUUGUACAUUAGAUACUCUAAAUGAGGCAUCAAGUGUGAAUUAAUUAACGCAUGUAUAUAAUUAUUCAAAAUGUAAUUCAAUCUCUCAUUAUUUACCAGGGGUGGCGCCAGCGGGGAGACAGUUGGCCCACCCGUCGGUGAGAAAAAGCAUGAUUCGUCUGGGAGAAAAAAAAGUCUUUAAAACCCUUAAAUUGUCAAAAUUGUUUGGGGCUUCGCCCCCCCCUUUCCCCAGACCACCCCUCCUCGGGCAAAUCCUGGUGCCAUCCCUGUUAUUUACUGUACAAAUAAUGCAUUUUUUUUACAUUUCACAAUCCAAUAAUUUUGUAAGAAUUUUAUUGCAAACUGUUAUUAACAUUUAGGUAAAAUGAAUCAUUAUUUUGUACGGUAAAUAAUGGGCAAUUGUUAAAUACUGAAUUGCUGUAAGGAAAUAAUGAAUUACAAUUUGACCUCGCAUUAGCUGAAGGAACACCUAAUACUAAUGCGUAUUCCAGUUUUCGUACUGAGAGUUUGUUUUGCCCUCUCUUUUUUUCUGUCAGUCUGAAUUGCUUUACAAAUAGCCACAGGGACAUAAGGGAAACAAGUAUUUGUAUAGUAACGCUCUUGAAGCAAUUUUGUCUGGUAUUAUGGUGGUAGGGAUUAACUAGAAGUGUACAGGUACUCAGCUUUCCAUUCUUGAAGUAGAAUGAUUUCAUUUGCUGGUAUCUGAAAUCUAACAAAUCUGUCAUGAUAAAAUUUAAUUGUCAGCUACAAUAAGCAUAAAGAAAACCUUAAAGAAUAUUAAUGGGUGGAAGAAUUUAGUAUAUUCUUUAUCUUUUUGUUUGGUAAUUAUGUUUUUGUUUUCGAUUAAUGCUAAAUGUACUGUACCUCAAUUUUUUAAUUAGAUAUGCUUUUGAUUACUAUAGUUUUUGAAUUACAUGCUGUUGUUCAUAUUAAGAUUAUAGAUUAUUAAUUUUACACCUUAAAUUUGAUUGAAAUGAAUUAUCACCUGUAUGAAUAAUUAUAUUACUAAUGAACUAUUAAUUAAAAUUGCCAUUAGAAAUGAAUUAUAUGUACUCUGAUCAUUUAAAAAUAAUUGUAGUUAUGAGUAUUUAUCAUGAUUAUAAUUAUUGUAAUAUUUUUAUAAUGAAAUCAAUACUUUGGUACUUUUCAGAAGUGUUGAAAGCUAUCAAAGUGUAUUGAUUGCUUCAGAGGUUUUGAUUUCAUCUCAACAACUAUCUUAUUAUUUAGCCAAUGACAACAAUGCAAAGAAAGUAAUUUUAUAUUUGAAGUUGUUGAGUAGACAUCGUCACUAUGAAUGAUAUAACAAACAUUAUGAUUAGGUUUGUGAUUUUAAUCAUUGAAUAUGAAUUCAAAGGAAUAGAGUGUGAUGGUUUACAAACAUUGGUAUAUGGUGGUAAGCAUGGUCUAUCAUUAUUAGUUAUUCAUUGUGUAUAUUUUAUUGUCAUUUGACAUGUAAAUUUACUUUUAUCAUUUACUAAAUUUUGUUUGAUACUGUAAAUAUAAAUUAAGCUUAAGUGUGUGAAUUAAUAGUUAUACAAUAUAUGAAAACAAAGCCUUAUUAAAAUAUUUUUUAUUAUAUAAUUCAGCUUCUAUAAAUCAGGAUUACUGUUAUUACAUUACAAUGCAUACUUUAUUAUGAUAUACUGUAUAUAAUUAUGUUUGGAUACUGUACUGUACCUCAUUUAUUUUUAGACCUGCAUAAACAACUUUAUUAACUUUAAGGAAUGUUAAUGUAGUUUCAAGGAAUUUGAAAUCAUGGGAACAGGGGAGUUUUGCAGUUCAAAUGUUUCUAAGAGUGUACUUUAUUUUGAAGUUAAGGAUUUUAUAGCCAAAUGUGGGGAUUAGCACAGUAGACUGCAUCUAUAAGAGGAUGAACAUCCCCACCCCCUUCUAAAAAAUUUGUGCGUCUUAUGUGUCCUCAGUAAAAAUUUGCUGAGCGAAAAUAUUACACAGAAGUAGUGAAAAAUCACCUCAUGCCUCAAGCUGGCACUCCCAUACUUUCUCAUCAACAACCUUCUCCAUGAUAAUACUCCUAUACGUCACUACUCUAACCUUAAACCCUUUUUCCUUGUACCGGAUCCACUUUUGGGAUCCCCUAUGGGAUGAUUCGCAGAGAGAGUCAUUUUUUAUGAAAAGUUUGUGACUAAAAUAAUAAUACAGGAUAUGAUGUGUGUUAUUCAUCCUCUUGUCAGUUUGUGGAUUUAUGAAUGCUAAAAAUAUAUUAAACUUUAUAAGUUGCUGAUAAAUCCUAUAGGUUAACCUUGCAGCAACAGCAGACACUGAAGGAUACAUUUUCUAUUAUCUGAUAGCAUAUCUGAUCAGACUGCAGUAGGGAAACAUCUGGCUGGAAGCAGACAACCUACAUGUAAAGUUGUCUGUCAAUCACAGACUAUCAGAGUUUUCAGUCUUUGACUUUGUUUUUCUGACGCUUUUCAGUACACCCAUUAACAAAAUCAAUGCAUCUUAUGGAACGGGUCGCCUUGUAUCUGGGUUUUUCUUUUGUUGGUACUGUGAUAACUUUUUAUCAGGGACACUUAAUUUAAAUUAUUAUAUUUUAUUGGUAAUAUUAAAGUUAUUGUUAUUCAUUUUAAAUGCUUUUUAAAUGUUUUCAUUAGGCUCAUAUAAAUACUAUUCCAACUGUACAAUUCACUUCCAAUUAUAUAAUUUCACAUAAUAUUCCAUUAUGUUCCUCAGAUCACAUUGUAAAUAUAGAUUAGUAUACAUGACUGACGAUAAGAUGUUGAGUACAUUUGAUGUCUCAAUGGAGAUGUAUUCCAUAAUGUAAAGUUACAAUCAUGUUUGUCUUCCACCAUACUCAAUGCAAAACCAUACGACUAUAAAUAUUUCAACUCAAAUAGAGGGUACAAGCUAUAAAUGUUGGCAUGUUUAUGGCUAUGCGAUUUGUAAGGUCUGUUUUAGUGAAUUAUGAUAUAUAGUAUAGUAGUUUGUAGUGAACAGGUAUCUUUAACGUGGUGACCUUGUUUAAAUGAGGUCUCAUGCUAUAAAGCAAUUGUAUGCUGGUCUGCCUUGUGCCAUAUUCUCAAAAGUAGGCCAAGUCCAAGUUAUUAUAUCAUGUCAUAUGUACAGUACAUGCAUAAGAGGCUUGUCACAUGGUAAACCCAUGAUGUAUAAUUCUGUAAUCUACAGUUGUUCCUUUCAUUUAUAAUUGUCUUUCUAUUUAAAAUGAUAUAACAUAGCAAAGAAUAAUUGCCUAUAAUGCAAAUUAUAACAAUUAGACAGGAUUAAUUGCAAAAAAUAGACACUCAGAUUUUGUAAUCCAAUAAAUAAGAUUAAAAACAGAUAUUAAUUUUGUCAAUCACAUAGUGAAGCAAAGCUUAGACAAUAGCCUUCAAAGGGUUGAUUGCGGUUUCAAAGAUUUGUAGUUUCAAAGGUUUAGUAUAAAAUUUAAGUUUUUGUUAUCUGAGCCCCAAGGAAUAACAAUGUCCCCACAUUGAUUGGGUAUCCAGUAAAAGGAAAGGUUUCUAAUUCUAAUUAAAAAUUGCUCUGUUUUUUGAGAAAUUGUUAAUACACAUUGUAUAUUUUAAUGGCCUAAGAAAUAUUUUUAGUGUCUUGAAUUGAAGAAUUUAAUUUAAUUUAAAUUUAUAGGAAAAUAAUGUGUCUAUAGAUAAUAAUAUCCUUAUCAAAAAUAUCUGGAGUUGGGAAUGAAUGUUAAAAGAAUAUGCUGCAACAUUUAUAUACGGUAAUAUAGAAAUGAUACUUUUAACUUUUAUUUGUCUAAAUUGCUAGGCUAAUAUUGUUGCUUAAAAUGGUAAUGUGUGUAUACCUGUAUGCAUUCUUCAAACAUUAAUGUACUGCGCAGUUAUGCAUUAUGCACAAGAAAUGCAAUUUACUAAGAGAGAUAACAAAAAAAACGAAUUUGUUGCAUUGUUGUUAAGAAACAUCCAUAGUUUGCUGUGAGUGCUGAACCAGCAAAAUGUAAAAUAUGUCAAAAGAAAUCAUGGAAAUAAAAUUAGAAAAUGCAUGAAA